AUGACUGGACGAGAUGAUGCCACAAUAGGCAUUAUUGAUGUUUAUGAUGUCAUCGGUAUUUCAAACCAUACGAAGCAAGGUGCAGACCUUGUAGCGAAAACUCUUGAUGGUGUGGUUGUUGUCCCAGAUUUGCUCAAAGGAAUAUAUGCGAAGAUGGAAUGGCAUCCUCUUGACUCAGAGGAAAAACGUAAUUUAUUCUUCGGAUUCUUAAGGGGCUAUGCGGCGCCCCAGAUGUAUAUUGACGACUUUGUGGGGUUGGUAAAAGAAAUUCAAACUCGGUUUCCGUCGGUGACGAGAUGGGGGUCGUAUGGGCUUUGUUGGGGUGCAAAGAUUGUGGCCUUAACAUCCAUGUCUGAAACUGCGUUUGCAGCAUCUGUGCAGGCACAUCCAGGCAUGCUAGACCCCGCUGAUGCAAAGAAAAUCAUAAUCCCUCACUUGGUAAUGGCAUCCAAGGAUGAGCCAAGCGAGCAGGUUGCAGGUUUUAAGGAUAUUAUCGAAGCGAAUGGCAUCGCCGGAUCGUCUCUCACAACAUAUACGACAAUACAUCACGGUUGGAUGGGAUCCAAGGCCAAUUUAGUUGAAGAAGAGACAUUUGUGGGAUAUAGGCAGGGAUACACUCAACUUAUAGAGUUUUUCCGGCAGCAUCUUACUGUGGGCUGA